CCGGUCCGGGCCUCGCCGCUGCGGCGUCUGCUUCGGGCGACGGCGGCGGAGCGGAGCGGGCGGCCAUGGAGGCGGGUGCCGGGGCCGGCGCGGGCGCGGCGAGCUGGAGCUGCCCCGGCCCAGGCCCCACAGUGACCACUUUAGGCUCCUACGAGGUGUCUGAGGGUUGUGAGAGGAAGAAAGGCCAACGCUGGGCGUCCCUGGAGCGCCGGGGGAUGCAAGCUAUGGAGGGGGAAGUAUUACUUCCAGCUCUCUAUGAGGAGGAAGAAGAGGAGGAAGAGGUGGAAGAAGAGGUGGAAGAAGAGGAGGAGCAAGUGCAGAAAGGUGGCAGUGUGGGCUCCCUGUCACUGGGCAAGCAUCGGGGCCUGAGCCUCACGGAGACAGAGCUGGAGGAGCUGAGGGCUCAGGUGUUACAGCUGGUGGCAGAGCUGGAAGAGACCCGGGAACUGGCAGGGCAGCACGAGGACGACUCCCUGGAGCUGCAGGGGCUCCUGGAGGAUGAGCGGCUGGCCAGUGCCCAGCAGGCAGAGGUGUUCACCAAGCAGAUCCAGCAGCUCCAAGGUGAGCUGAGGUCUCUACGGGAGGAGAUCUCCCUGUUAGAGCGUGAGAAAGAAUGUGAACUUAAGGAAAUGGAACGGGAGUUGCAUUUGGCCCAGGCGGAGAUCCUGAAUCUGCGACAAGCCGCGGAGGAUUCUGUGACUGAACAUGAGAGUGACAUAGCAUCCCUGCAGGAGGACCUCUGCCGGAUGCAAAAUGAACUUGAUGACAUGGACCGCAUUCGGGGAGAGUAUGAGAUGGAGAUCGCCUCCCUCCGUGCAGAAAUGGAAAUGAAGAGCUCUGACCCAUCCAAUAGUUAUAGUCUCUCAGAUUUCUCUGGGUUGCAAGAAGAGUUGCAGCAGCUGCGGGAUCGCUACCGCUUUCUGAACGAGGAGUACCAGGCCCUGCAGGAGAGCAACAGCAGCCUCACGGGGCAGCUCGCAAAUCUGGAGAGUGAGCGGACACGAAGAGCAACAGAGAAGUGGCUGGAGUCCCAAACCCUGCGCAGUAUGGUAUCGACAGAGUCUCAGACUAUAGAUGGAGACUUCCUGGAGUCUGAUUCGGAAACCCAGUUGUUGCGACAGCAGCUGCUGGGAGCGGAGGAGCAGAUGUUUGACAUGCAGAACAAGUGUAAGGAAAUGUGUAGUGAGCUGCAAGAGCUAAGGCAUCAUCGCCAGGCCAGCGAGGAGGAGCAGAGGUGGCUGCAGAGGGAGCUCAAGUAUGCACAGAAUGAGGUGCUUCGGUUCCAGACCUCCCAUCAUGCCACCCAGAACGAGGAGCUGAAGACCAGACUCUGUGCCCUGCAGCAAAAGUAUGAUGCUAGCCAGGAUGAGCAGACUGAGCUCUUGAAGGUGCAGCUCCAGCUUCAGGCCGAGCUCCGGCAGCUCAAAGUCAUGAAACCCACAGUCAUAGAAAGCCAAAGUGAGAAGGAGUUACUGUGCCGGCUCCAUAAGCUGCAGCUCCAGUAUCAGAACGUCACGUGUGAUAAGGAUAAGCUGCUGGAGGAGCUGCAGCAACUGCGGGAGGACCUGCGGUACCACAAGGCAGAGGUGCAGCGCCUCAAGGACAUCGCGGACUGCUUCCAAGAGAGCAGUGAGAAGAACGCAGAGAUGCAGGCUGAGCUUCAGGAGAUGAGGCAGCUGUACGAGAUGGGCCAGGAUGAGCUGGAGCAGCAGAAGCACAUGUUUGAUCAGCUGGAGGAGGACUUCCUGCUCUGCCAGCAGGAGCUGAAGCAGCUUAAGAUGACCCGGCCCAUCCCAGAGGACGAGGGAAAGUGUGGUAAUAAGUGUGAUGCACUGCUCUCCAAACUGACAGAAUUGCAGGAAAAGUACCAGGCCAGCCAGAAGGAGAUGGGGCAGCUGCAGAUGGAGCAGUACGAGCUCCUGGAGGAUCAGAGGAGGUUGCAGGAGGAGCAGGGCCAGCUGCAAGAAGAGAUGCACAGGCUCACGGUCCCGCUGCCCAAAAGUGGUCUCCUCCAGAAGAGUCAGGAGCUGCUUACGAAGCUGCAAGACCUGUGUGAGCUCCAGCUGCUCUACCAAGGCAUGCAGGAGGAGCAGAAACAGCUGAUACACAAUCAGGAAAAUGUAGUGAAGGAGCAAUUAGAGCUGCAUAAGGAGCUGCGUCUCUUCAAAGAGUCUCGUUUCCAGGAAAUGUUGGACAAUCCGGAAGGUUCCAAAUUGGUUAAGUCCUCCCGAUGUGGUCAAAACAAGUCCAAGGUUAUCAUCGCCCAGAUGCAGGUUCUGCAGGACCUGUACGAGGCCAGCUGGACGGAGCAGGAGCUACUGCAGGAGGAGCAGGGGAGGCUCCUAGAGGAGCGGAAGAGGCUGCAGGCUGACUUGCAGCUCUGCCUGGAAGAAAUGCAGUUGCUCCAAGCCCAGUCCCCAUCUAUAAAAAUGAGCCUCGAGUCCUACAAGAAGAGUUAUUGCAGCAGCAGUGAUGGCAAUGAGACCUAUUACAAAAGUUACGAGAGCACCCAGGGCAGUGAAGAGAGCUUUCACAAGAGCUGCGACAGUGACAGCAACAGCACCUCUGAAACCUACCUGAAGAGUUACCGCAGCAGCAGCAGCAACAGCAGCAUCAUCGCUGAUAAUGGUUAUGACCUCGGCGGUAGCUCUGACACCCAUUACAAGGGUUACAUCGGUGGCCCUGAGGACGAACCUGCUGAGCCUGAAGAUGUAGAGCACUUUUUGGACGUGGUGGCCAAGGUGCUGGUCAAGCUGCAGGGAGUGCGGGCCUUGUACCAGCUCAGCCAGGAGGAGCACGACGUGCUGCAGGAGCGCAUGAGGGUGCUCCUGGACCAGCAGAAGGAGCUGAAGGAAGAGCUGGAUGCCUGCGAAAGGGAAUUCAAGGAGUGCAUCGAGGGCCAUGAGAAGCCUGUUCCCUCCCAAAAUGACAAGAAUGAGAUCAGAGAGCUGCAGGCCAAGCUGCGGGAGCUGCAGCUGCAGUACCAGGCCAGCAUGGACGAGCAGGGGCGGCUGCUGGCAGUGCAGGAGCAGUUGGAGGGGCAGCUGCAGUGCUGCCAGGAGGAGCUUCGCCAGCUCAAAGAGAAGCAGUCCUCCCUUACCAAGGAAAAUAAUGCCCAUCAGAACACCAACAAGAAUGCCAGUGGGGUAGAAAACAAGGUGUCCAAGACAAGCCUGGAGAGUUCUGAGACCAGCUGUGAGACCAAGCAGAGUCUGGAGGUAGUGCUGUACUUCAGGGCCAGCGACACGGAGGCAGAUGAUCCACCAAAGGAGGAGAAAGAGGAAACGGAGGAGGAAAAGAGGGAGGAUAUUGAACAGGAACCAAAGGAGGAGAAAGAGGAAAUGGAGGAGGAAGAGAGGGAGGAAAUUGAACAGGAACCAAAGGAGGAGUCCGGGAAUGAAGUAGUUUCUGAGCCCCCAGAUCCCACAGAAAUGAAAUCCACGGAAGAUGAGGACACAGGAUUGGAAGAGUCCCAAGACCAGGGGGGAAAGGAAGAAAACGACCAAGAGGAAGAGGACAACUCUUGCCCUGAAGGUUCAGAGGAAAAUCCCCUCAAAAUUUCUGAAAGCGAAAAGCCAUCCCCUGCCCCCAGCCCCCCCAUCUUCUCCUUGCCUCUCGUAGGCCUGGUGGUCAUAUCGGCUUUGCUCUGGUGCUGGUGGGCUGAGACGUCGUCCUAACGCAGCUGCAGUCCCCGUCAAGGCUGACACCCUCGUAUCCUCAUCCGGGUUACAGGUGAGGGCUGAACCGAGCCCCCCGAGUGCCGCCUCUGCAGGCCCUCGGCCAGCUCCUCCGUCACUCAGCAGACGGUCACGCAGCAAACUGCUGUCGUCCCGCCCACUUCCUCAUACUCUGUCCACGGACGUCGUGGGAAACCUUGUCGGACACCUUGAGUCCAAAACAUGAUUUUCUCGAUCUGUGAAUUUAUUUUAUUUUUUGUUCUUUAAUUUUGGGGGGCUGACAUUAGUUAAUAAAGUUACGCAGGCUCCGGGGUACAGUUCUGUAACACAUCACCGGCUGCUGUGUGGAUUUCGUGCCCCAGCCUCAAGGGAGAACCCGACGUGACUUACCCCUCGUGGCGCCCACACCAGCCCUUCACUCAGCCAGUCUGGGCUCCUGCCUCUGCCUGGUCUGCAGGGCGCCAGCUCACGUUCGUGGGCUUCAGCUCCUUCCUCCUGUAAGAACAUCAGACUGACAUUCCCAGCAAUGCACACUAGGAUGGAAGCGUCUGAGCGUGUAAAUAUUUUCUUACAUAAAUUACAUACCCGCCUCCAACAUUGUUUUGCUUCCCAUUUCAUAUGUUCUUUUUAGCAACUUUCCAAAUGUGGGAGAUUUUCUUUGCUCUUUAUAGUUGGCUUAAAGUCCUGUUUGUAGAUCCGUUUUUCUCUAAGUAAAUGCAUUCUUGGCAUUAAUGGUAAUAGCCGCCCUCCUCGAAAACUGUCUUUCUGUUAUGCCGUAGCUUAUGACAUAACCCAAAUUCUGUGUUUCAAGUAAUAAACACAUUAAAAAAGAAAAGUAAUAAAAGCAGGAACUGUUUCCCCAAGUAGGUAUUUACUUGUCCAAGAUUCCCUGUUCCCUAAAUGAUGCUUAUUGUCCCGAGAAUUGGCAGGGCUUGCUAAGGUCAGCAGGGCCGGCAGCCUCCGCACAUGCCCAGGAAGUCAGCACUCCCGGGGACUGGGGGUGUCUGAUGACACGGGUAUGUGCCUCCCGGCGCCAGCAGCUGGGUUCCUUGAAUCCCUUUGAGCCAACAUUGUCCACAAGGGGAUGGGGUGCUUUCUUCCUUCUCCCUCCAUCUCAGCACCCUCUUGACUCUGGGCUGCUGCUCCAUGGAACCAGUGAGGUGCUGCUGCCCUUCCCAAAGGCCCCCUUUCGCCCUCAUACUUUGCCACGGCAUCCAAUUCUUUCUCCUUGCCACCAUUUGGUAGUCUGAGGUCUGGCUCCUGAGCGUGAUUCUACACGCAGGAACCGGUGUUCUCACUCACGGGGCACAUGCACAGGUGUGGCCUCAGGUGCUACACAUAGGGUCAUUCCAGGACUCAGAGCGCACUGUCUCCAGCGCUUACCCAGGAGGUAAGAGGGAGUGGACCCUGGUGGCCCCGAGGUGUCUCCAGCACCAGCAGGCAGGGGAUCUCGGGCUUAGGGCAGGGUUCGGAGGCCUGGGCACUCACCAUUUGUCUU